UAAUACAUAAAUCAAACAUGAAAUCAGUUUUGCUAAUACUUUUUUUUUACUCACCUAACGUUAGCUGAAUCUGGACUGAAACGAGAAAAUGCCCAAAAGAAAAUCAAAGACUACAGUGCUCAAAGCACCCAAGAGGACACAAACCAGAGCAAAGCAACAGAAAAGUGCUGAGGAAACAAAUCUGCAGUCUGUUGAAGAAAAUCAGACGUCAAAAUCAGAAAACAACUCCCACAAUGCAUCAUGCUCAUACAAGCUGGAUGAGCCUCAAGUUGAACAUAGUGCAUUACAAGUAAUUCAGACAACAGAAUUCCCCAAUGAUCCCGGCUGUUCCCUGGAAAUAAAAACAAGCCGCGAUGAUAAUGAUGAUGAUGGAAAUAACACAAAUCCACCUGAGGUCUCUCAUGAGAAUGAACAAACUGCAGUGAUCACAAUGCAAACACCAGAUCCUGAAAACAGUGCCAAAUACAUCCUCUCCAAACCUAUAAAUGUGCAAACAGCCAAUGUAGAUCAGUGUAACACAGAGCUGGAUGAUGACGAGAGUGAAAACACAAACAAUUCAAACCACGAGUCUCAGAAGAUUCCAGACUUUCACUCUGAAUUACUUGACUUAUCAUCAGACGAAACUGGGAUUAAAUUGCCACAUGAGGAUGUUAUUGCAUCCAAAAUGGCGGAGCAAUUGGGAUCUUCAGAUAUCAUAGCUCAGACCAAAGAUGAAGGUUCUGCAGAUCCUUUAGUAAAGAGGAAAAAAAGAAAGAGAAUGGGAAUGUGCAGGCUUGGAGAAAGAAAGAGGAUGGUUAAGGAACCGAUGACUAGCAGAGGACAGGAAGACGAGACAAGAGAAGUUAUCAGUGAGGAUGGUUUAAGUAAAGUUAACUCCAACAAUUCUUUCAAAAAUGAGAGCAAUACAGAGAUGGAAAUUGCAGAGAUCUCCUCCCUAAACGCUUGCUCUGUUGAAGAUGUACAACCAGAUGUUCAGCAUGGAAAUGAACUUCAGAUAUUGGUUGAAAGCAUGUCUAGGGUGGAAGAAAUUACACAUAAAGUUGACCCAACAACCAUGCAUCAUGCUGAUUCUGAUGCUCUUGAGCGAAACAAAGUUGAAUGCAUGGAUCAUGGUGUUCAUGAAGGAAAUAUUAGAGUAGAUCCACUGUUGUGCGCUGAAAUGUGCAAGGAAAUCACAGCUCAGAUUGGUAGCAUGGCAAAUGUAGAUCUUGAGGAGGAGUCUACCAACGUUUUGGAUGAAGAAGCAGUUUUAAAAGAGGCUGAAGCUUCAGGAUCUACUUCUGAGGUUGCUAAUUAUUUUGAACAACAUGUAAGCGGUGAACCUUCCAGUCCCCAUGGAUGUGACAAGUAUGCCUGUGUUAGUGAGCAGUGUGAGGAGUUCAAUGAUUUCAUAGAUCAUAAGACGUUAAUGAGUGAUAUAGGAGAGAUGUGCGAGUCUUUGGACGAUGCUCUGGUUUCUGCUACAGUAUCUGCUGAGAGCAAAGCAAACUGUGAGGAAAGAAGCACGUGGAGUUUAUCUUUGCCUCCAGCUCCACCUGGUGGUGAAGAUAAAGAUGUGCAAUCAGUUUCAGAGAGUGAUGCUUAUAGACCUGCUGAUGAAGAAGCUCCCUCCAGCCCUUUAUCCAUACAAUCCCUGACUGACUCCCAGCUCAACAACAUCCCCCUGAGUUUGGAGGAUUUCCCCACCUCUGAAGCCUCUGGUGGUCUGGAAGACGCCUCAGAGCUGAUGUCCCGUCUAAUAAGAGACCUCUCCGCUCUAAAUCAGAUAAUGAUGGAUGCACAGAGGAGAAUUGGAUUUGUGCACAGAGGCAGAAUACCACCAAGACCACCGCGCCGCAGCUAUUACGGCCCGCCACACUCUGGCAAAUAACCUUCAGUAUCUUAACAUGUUCUGCUAGCUACAGAUUCGACUUUACAGAAUAAAACUUAAACUAGAUGUUUUUAUAAACCAAAUACUGGAUAGUUUGAGUAAUUUAUCUGUAGUAAGUGUUAGCAAUCUUGUUCAUAGCUGAUCAGUUAUACUUUUGCUAUUUGUUCAUGGUUUUAUUAAAGUAGUUUUUCCCCCAUGUGAGGUUCAAGUAAAGUAAACAUCAUUACGCUGUCUAUUAGAGUGUGUGCCCCCUAAACUGUAGGGUCAUUACCUUAGCAACCAGUCUUGAGAGUUGUUUCAGCUAGCCGUAAAUCCGUCCAAAUUCCUGUUCAGGAUAACACACUAAUAAAUGACCCUCUUGUUGUU